CCGAGGAUGGCUUGCCCAAUUCAAAAUUCAUAUCUAGGCUGAUUAGAGAAACAACCGUGCUUUUAAGUGAUCUCUGUGAUCCCGACCACAAACUCAAGGGGCUCAGGCUGAUUUUGUCAUCCAUUGAUUCCUUUGGCUCAUUAAAGCUAUGACGAUCUGACGACACGGAAAAACAUGAAAACGGGAUUAGCAGGAAAUAGAGUCGCCGACAUCGUCGGCGUGCGUGACGCAAGCCGGAAAAAGGAAGUGGAGGAAUUCCGCAGCUGUUAUGCUAAGUUCGGUGGGAGAAUGCCGUUUUCCGGAGGAGCUUCGUGGACUUAUAUCGUAGCUGCUGCGGUGUUCGCCCUCCUGUUGGAUGCUGCAGCUGUUGCUAAUGCCAAGAGCUUUGAAGACGUUCGUUGCAAGUGUAUCUGCCCGCCUUACAGAAAUAUCACGGGCCACGUCUAUAACCAAAAUGUCUCCCAAAAGGAUUGCAACUGCCUUCAUGUGGUGGAUCCCAUGCCGGUGCCUGGCCACGACGUGGAAGCUUACUGUCUGCUGUGUGAGUGCAAGUAUGAGGAGCGGAGCAGCAACACUAUCAAGGUGACGAUCAUCAUCUACCUGUCUGUUGUGGGUGCACUGCUGCUGUACAUGCUAUUCCUUCUCUUGGUGGAUCCCCUUAUCCGCAAGCAUGAUGCCUACACCCAGCCUCUGCACAAUGAGGAGGACUCUGAGGAGAUGCGACCACAGGUGGACAGCAGCCAGGCCAGAGGAAAUACAGUGCUGGAGCGGGUUGAGGGGGCACAGCAGCGCUGGAAGAAACAGGUCCAGGAACAGCGCAAGACUGUGUUCGACCGCCACAAGCUGCUCAGUUGAACCCCGCGAGGACGAUCCUGAGCCAAGGUUUAGAGCAGGUAUCUUUUCUGUCACCAGCUGCACUUGUUUUAUUAUGCUCCAGCCUCAGUUCCUUCCAUGGCUUGAUGUUUGUUCGCAUAAUGCAGAGAUAAACAUGAUGCUACGCUCAAUUUAGCCUGUGAGUGCAGCAGUUUAAAUCUACCAGUGACAAAUACUUAGCACUAGCACCAACUGCUGCGGCACUGGAAACCCCCCCCCCCAAAAAAAAAAAAAAAAAAAUGGGUAUAUUAUUUAUUAAUUCAAGCCAUAUUAUAUAUACACAUAUAUAUGCCCCAAAUGAUCCUGAACAUUUUAUCAUUUGAAAAACGUUGAACAUCUGGAAUCAUGAUCCUUAAAAUGUAAUUGUUUACUGAUCAUUUAUUAUUUGUCUAUUUAUUUAUUUAUUUAUUUGAAGAUGCCACAGACGUGCAUAUGUUCAUGUGAGGAACCCUGUCUUUAAUUUCCACUAACAAAAGACUAAACUUUGUUCCUCCCCAACAUAAAAUGCUCUUAAGCCUGCCGGUCACUGACCAAAUGCAAUUCAACUGUGGCACAGUGUACGGUUUUUGCGACUAUUUGUUUUGGUUUUCCCCAAAUAGCACAGGGUUAAGAAUAAAACGACAAGAAGUGAUUUUGUCAAAAAUAAUGUAUGGAUAGGCGGCAUUUCACCGUAUACUAAUGCUCUAUUUCUAUUGUCUUUUCCAACUGGACCAAUCGCAUAACCUCCACAGCCCUGGACAGCUAAAUAUUAACCAUGUUUGUAGUACUCCAUGGAACAAAGAUUGAUUGCCUAAACUUUAUUUAUGUAAUAUUUUUAUUCAACUUUUGAGUUGCAAGGAAUUUGUUACACUUUAUUUUUUUGGACAGCCGUGAAGCUUUCUGUUAAGAUGUAAAAUAAUACUGUAUGUACAUUGACCAAAGCAUGCCAUUUAUCUAUUAAGAAAUUAUUACUGCUCAUUAUAUGUUUCUCAAAUAUACUGUAUAAUAUUUAAUGGGUGGUCUUCCUGUUUUUCGUCAUUCUUUGGAUGAUGCACGGAUGACCUGAUUAAAAUUGGGCGCUCAAUGAAUAGGAUUCACAGUUUUUGGCAAAAUAUAAAUAUAUGUUGAAGCCUAACUGUAUGAUUUGUUUGCGUAUGAAUGAGGUUUCCAGUACUUUGGACGCCCCUUUGCCUCUGAGUUGCUGCUGGCUGACAUUCCACCAUUUCUCAUGAUUGUUAUAUCAAAUAUAUAUGACUAAUUCUUUUGAAUGUUCUUGCUACUGUUUUGUAUUUACAUUUAUUUGCCUGUACAUUUGUGUUCAUGCAAGAAUAAGAAAAGACCGGGUGAGCA